CCUCUCCGUCAGAUCGCCGCCAUCAUGGACACGAGUCGCGUGCAGCCUAUCAAGCUGGCCAGGGUAACCAAAGUGCUGGGCAGAACCGGUUCGCAGGGACAGUGCACGCAGGUGCGUGUGGAAUUCAUGGAUGACACCAGCCGCUCUAUCAUCCGAAACGUCAAAGGCCCAGUUCGAGAGGGUGAUGUGCUCACCCUAUUGGAGUCAGAAAGAGAAGCUAGGAGGUUGCGCUGAUCUUGCUGGGUCCUGGAUAGCCACCACUUGACUCAUGGGAUCACCUGCAACUGUUAAAUAAAGCAUUGUUUUAACUCUUG